CACCUUUCAAUACUGUUACCUGUGGUAGCCUACCAACCUACCCAGGCUUCUACGAAUCUGUCUUCAUCGACUAGACUUGUUAAACUACAAGACCAGGUGUCUGCGCUUCUACCAACUCCGACUUCGUUACACAAACACCAGCGAUCCGCUACAACCAUCGCGCAUUCGGAAAUCCCCCCAAACACCAAAAAUGGCAGAACCUCAAGGUGCAGCCGCUCGUCUGCGGCGCACAUUCCACUAUCCCACAGACGACGAUUCAGCAGACUCACAGCCAGAAGCCAUGGAUGAAGAGGAACAAGAAACCCUCAUCCGCCGCCUCGCAGAAGACAACGUAACCCGCAACGCCCAAUUCGCAACCGCCCUCCUCGCCCUCCCCCUCCUAACAACGAUCCCCUACAUCUUCAACCUAGCCCGCCUCUCCGCCCCUCUCACCUCCCUCCUCUCCCUCACCUCCCUCCUCUCGACCGCCUACCUCCUCCACACCCAACCCCCAGGCGCGACCGGCAUCCCCUGGCUCGAAGCUUGGGCCCGACCAAAGACCCCGCGCCCCAGCCCGGCCUCCUCGCUCGAGUCCUCGACCUCGUCCGUUUCUGGUGGUCCAUCGUCCUACCAACCCAUCCAGACGACGCAGAGGAGACGCAGGCGGAGUUCGUUCUCGUUUGCAGAGGAGCAAAAAGGUCCGUUGGAGCUGUAUUUACCGUACCUCAACCUCGGGCUCUGCGCUAUGCUCGUCCUGGCGGGCUUGGCGACAAAGUCGAGCGACAAGGCUACGUUUGGCCACGUGGGGUUGGGGAACUUGCCCGCUAUAGUGUACGUUGUUGUUCUGAUCGCAAAGGUGGUCAUGGGCAGCGUCGAUCCGGAGAAGGAGUUGGCCUCGCUCAAGUAUGGAUUCAAGGGCGCGUAA